AUGGAGAAAUCCAAAAACUUUCGCAUUGACGCGCUUUUAGCUGUCGAUACACCCAAAGCGCAGACCUCGCCGCUGGCGCUUGUCACUUCCCUGUCUUCCUCCUCCUCCUCCAUCCCAUCGUCUGGAAGUGUGGCAGCCGCGGAGCUGACCACCAGUGCCGAUUCUUUACGCGCCGACACGCCGUCUCCGCCGAGGAUUUCCACCUGCGGGUUGAUUCCCAAACCGGGUUUCCUCAACAGCCCGCACAGCAUGGUUGGAUUACAUCCGCAGAGCACGGCAGGGAUUCCAGCACAGGCUCUCUACGGUCAUCCCAUGUACACUUACUCGGCUGCUGCGCUUACAGGCCAACACCCUGCCCUGUCCUACUCCUAUCCACACGGCUCCCAUCACCACCACACCAGCGAUCCCAUUAAACUGACAGCCAGCACCUUCCAGCUGGACCACUGGCUCCGGGUCUCCACGGCCGGGAUGAUGCUCCCCAAAAUGUCUGACUUUAAUUCUCAGGCGCAGUCCAACUUACUUGGAAAGUGCCGAAGACCAAGAACUGCAUUCACGAGUCAGCAGCUGCUGGAACUGGAGCAUCAGUUCAAAUUGAAUAAGUACCUGUCAAGACCAAAGCGUUUUGAAGUGGCCACCUCCCUCAUGCUGACAGAAACUCAGGUUAAAAUCUGGUUCCAGAACAGACGCAUGAAGUGGAAGAGAAGCAAGAAGGCAAAAGAGCAGGCCGCCCAGGAGGCCGAGAAGCAGAAAGGCUCCAAGGGCGGCCAAGAGAAAUCAGACGGACUCGAACAGUCGGAUUAUCACAGCAAGACGGACUCAAAAAAUGGCAGAAUAAGAGAUUUCAGGGACAGUGACGACGACGAAGGCGAAAAUUUCCUGUACAACUCGUCAGACUGCUCUUCGGACGACGAGAGGAAUCACAACAGUGACAUAAGUCCGCAGCCUUGAAGCUUGAAGCAAAAGGGCGA